CGUGGUGAUAAAAUUGUGCCCCGCCCCCUGCUAAAAAAAAUUCAGAGGAGGCUUCCACAUCCGGAAUGGACCCGGCGGUGGGGGUGAGAUGCUCCGAAGGCGAGGAGGCCUAGUGAGUGCCACACCUCUCUUUAAAACAAACAAAAAUCCUGGAAGAGGAAAGAAUUUUUGUUGCACAUCUGAAAGUUAAAGUCCAGCUCUGGCUUCUCUGAACUUUGCUUCUCUGGUAGAGGAAAACUGAGGAAUGCUGGCAUGUCAAAUCAUGGCCCAGGUACCACUGACUUUCGGUGAUGUUGCCAUAGAAUUCUCUCAGGAGGAGUGGGAAUGUCUAAACUCAGAUCAGAGGAAUUUAUACAGAGAUGUGAUGUUGGAGAAUUAUAUUAACUUGGUCUCAUUGGACAUUGAUUUCUCAACUGAGACCAACAAGUUAUCUUCAGAAAAAAGCAGUUGUGAAAUAAAUUCACGCCAUGAGGAGACAUUGGAAAGAAAUAAAACUUUCAACCUGAUGGGGUUUAUUUUCAGUAAUGACCAACCAUGGAGAAAUGAAUUUGGAAGACAGCAGGGACCUAAAGUGGAAUGUCAAAUGAUAAUCAAAAAACUUGUAUCCCUUCCUUUACAUCAGAGAACUCGCACUGUAAAGAAAUCAUACGAAUGUCAGAAAUGCAGGAAGUGCUUCAGAAAAUAUUCACAACUUACUGAACAUCUGAGAGACCACACUGGGGCACGUCCCUAUGUGUGUAAGGAAUGUGGAAAGGCCUUCGUAAUUCUCCGGAAUUUUAUUAAACAUCAAAAGUUUCACACUAAUCCUAAGCCCUAUGAAUGUAAUGGAUGCAAGAAGGCCUUUAGGUUUUAUUCAGAGCUGAGUCGACAUCAGACAAUUCAUACUAGUGUGAAACCUUAUGAAUGUGUGCGGUGUGGAAAGGCUUUUAAACGUCAGUCUCACCUUAUUGAACAUCAGAGAAUUCAUAUUGGUUUAAAACCCUAUGAAUGUAAGGAUUGUGGAGAAACCUUCAGGUUGUACCGACAUAUGUGUCUGCAUCAGAAAAGUCGUCAUGGUGUGAAGUCCUAUGUCUGCACAGAAUGUGGGAAAUCCUUUGGUCGUUGUUCAGGUCUGAUCCAACAUAGGAAAAUUCAUUCUGGCGAGAAACCCUAUAAAUGUAAACAAUGUGGAAAGGCCUUUAUUCGCAACUACCUACUGGUUGAACAUCAAAGAAGCCACACUGGUGAGAAACCUCAUGAAUGUAUGGAAUGCGGAAAGGCCUUUAGCAGGGGCUCGAGCCUUCGAAACCAUAAAAGAAUUCACAGUGACCAGAUACAGUUUUUUCCUGCAAACCUGACAUUUACAAAAAGAAGAAACUACCAACCACAAUAUCCUCUGCAUGCAGAAGUUUUUGCUGAUAGGAAGACUUCAGAAGAAGAGGAACUUACAUGUUACAAAUACAAUGAGAGUUUCUGCUUAAUUAUGGGCCAAGGACCGAACUCGGGGCCUUGCGUGUGCAAGGCAAGCGCUCUGCCACUGAGCUAAAUCCCCGACCCCAGCCAUUUUGAAAGUACCAUGCUGGCUGUCAUUCCAUCACAGCUGACAUCCAGACUUGGUGGCUGAAAUUUCUAACUUUAGAGCCUGUUUUGGUUAUGACAGCAUUUCCUGAUGUAGUUUUACAUACGUAAGAUGAUAAGAGAUAACAGGAGUCAGUAUUUCCAUGGUAGAGUUUGGAAUGCACCAGUUUAAACAAACUUGAAUAAUUUUCUUCACCAGAAUACUCACUAGUCUUUUUUUAAGCUGAUGAGGUGCUUUUAAUUUUUCCUGAAGAGAUUUUGUAGAUGCUACUUCGUAAGCUUCUUUAGCCAAAGAAUACCUUUCUUUGUCAAGUAUUAGUAAGCACUGGUAAUUCAAUUCUUCAGUCAUCAUUUCACUCCUGUGGUAAGACACCAUCUCCACAUCUUGUUAAUAUACAAACAUGGUACCCUGGGGAUGGGGCGUAGCCUGCUAACUGAUCAGAAAUGAUAGAUCCUAUUAUUACACUCAAAGUUUUCUGUUAACAAUUGAAAUUGCAGUUUUGUGGAACUAGGUGGUGAGUGAUUGAACAGUGACACCAUGGGUGCCCUAUCUUCAUAAAAGAGACAUGGGGUUAGGUAUAGACUUAUAAUGAUGAACCAAAGACAUUUAGUUGUCAAUGCACAAGUUUUGAUGGGAUGGUCAUUCUGUUUUGGAAAGAAAUCAUUUUUAAAGGGCCGACGUUAACUGUGUGAGUACACAAAGGCACACUCUAUUUCAUAAUUGAUAUGCUUUGAUGCCAGCACUGUCAUGGGAGAAUAGAUGUCUCUGGAGAAGGGUCUGAGGAGUUCCCACAGAGAAGGUUGAACUUUUUUUUUGGUGCUGGGGAUUGAACCCAGGGCCUUGGGAGGCAAGCACUCUACCAAAUGAGCUAUAUCCCCAGCCCACCAGUGGGUUCUUGACGUAAUGAGAGAAAAGAAUUUCAGCAUGCACUAAAGACAUAGGUUUAUUUAGGAAAAUUUUCCUCAUUGUAUAAGGGCACAGGCUAAGGUCAGGUUGUUCAAGCUGAAGACUUACAGCUGUGCUUCCAGCAUCUCAAUAACCUGUGGCAUUUCCCUUAAGGUUCAGUAUCUCUCCUUAUCCUAAAUCCCUUUCAGCACUAAGUCAUGACAGCCACCUGAUUGAAAGUGACUUCAAGAG